UUUUUUUUAGUUAGGGCACUUCCGGUCUUCCAUACAUUUGAUAUUACGAAGUUUGAUGCUUUUACUUUGUUUUCAACAUUUCUACUUCCGUUCUUUAUCGAACAAAUAUCGUUUAACGAAGAUGUUCACUUUGACACGCGCGCGCAAACACACGUAGGUACGCGCGCGCGCCGCGCCGCUGCUGCAGAGCCGUUUGGCGGCGGGAGGUCGCGGUCAAACAGCUGGAUGUGGAGCUCCCGGAGAGACAGCGGCUCCUGCGGCGGAGGGAGACCGGCGAACUGCUGACGGACGCCCGCCACGCUCCUCCAGAGACCCGCGACGAUCUGCGGUACCGUCCGAACGAAGCGUGCAGGUGUCUCAAAAUCGACCCCGGAUUUACCGACACUCUCCGUCCUGUUGAACUGUUUUGCCCUCGCCAGUGGAGGGGCGCUCCCUUUAUUCGUUUAAGAAAGGUCGCCCUCUUUGACUGGAGACGUUCUUCUGCGGUUGGAGGUGAAGUGAUGCGUUUGCUGUCUGACAAACCGCACGCCAACCGCGCCCUCUGAUGUGUGCCCCAUCCAUGACAAACCAUCCUGCUGGUUCUCUACUCCUUUUCGGUUCCGUGCUGCUUCUGUCCGUCGGCGUCCGCGCCUGCCCCAGGUUCUGCCACUGCACGGAGAGGAACGGCAUGGUGGUGCAGUGCACCUCGCGCAACCUGGAGAGGAUCCCCUCGGAGCUGCCGAGGGACACCGUUGUUCUCCUGCUGUCAUCCAACCGCAUCAGGCGCGUCCCCAGGGAGGCCCUGGCGGACCUCCGCCGUCUCCGCGAGCUGGACCUGUCCCACAACUCCCUGGAGAGCGUGGAGGACGGCGCCUUUGCAGGUGUCGCCGACAGCCUGCGGAGCCUGGAUUUAUCCAACAACCAGCUGAGCGGCCUCCCCAGGGACACCUUCACCAAACUCCACGCCCAAGUCCGCCUCUCCCACAACCCCUGGCACUGCGAGUGCUCCCUGCAGGAGGUCCUGCGGGAGCUCAGGCUCGACCCCGAGACCGUCAACGAGGUGAGCUGCUUCACCUCGGUGCAGGAGGAGUACGUGGGCCAGCCGGUGAUCCAGGUCCUGGACUCCGGGAUCAACUUCUGCAACUUCCACCACAAGACCACUGACGUGGCCAUGUUCGUGGCUAUGUUCUGCUGGUUCUUCAUGGUGACGGCCUACAUCGUUUACUACAUCAAACACAACCAGGAGGACGCCAGGAGACACAUGGAGUACCUCAAGUCCCUCCCCAGCACCUCUCACAUCAGCAAGGACUACGACACAGCCAGCAGCGUGUUUUAGCGGACCCCAGUCUUGAAUACUAAUGGAUGAAAACCAAGGAAUGCUUAAAAACCAGACACAAUUGGGAAGUGACAGAUGUGCGGAAUGAUGUAUUCCCCUCUACACAUCCAGGAGGAGGUGGAGAAUUCUCACAGACCUCUAGCACAGGAGAAAAAGAGGCUCUUGCAAUCGUCCCUCCGCCAAACGAUUGCAACAAUUUGUGCAUUUAAUGACCCGAGGAGGGCGCAAGCUGAAUGAAAUCCUCUAACACAUUUGAACAAAAAGAAAUUUCACACUCUCUUGCCUCACAAAAGAGCGGCCUCUGUCGUUUUGACGGACGACAUGACGAGGUUGCGGCAGAAAAAACGCGCCGUUUGAUCGUCUCGGAAGUGAUCACCGGAUUCAGCGGGUUUUCAAGGCGUUGUUAAUUGAAGCCGCCGUACUUUUUCCAGUCUAUGGAACAUCGAAAAGGUUUUAAAAGUCAAGUUUCGGGCCAGAUGGGUGCACCUUAAAGGUUUUUUAUACUUUUGGAGAAGAAAAAAGGCAUAAACAAAGUGAGAUCCGUACCGAAUGGAUGGUCCUUUCAGCUUGUUGAGGACAAGAGAUUGAGGGAGUUGGACAGAAAGAACAAGUAAGACAAAGGCGUGCGAUGGGUUGAAAGUCAAAUUAAGACAUUUUUAUGAACUGUUACAUCAUCCCCUACGCUUCAAUACUACAAAAGACUCGAGGCACGAUCAGCUUCGGUUCUGUGCACUGAUUUGAUUGUGUUCUGCAGAAAUUCCAACACCGUUUUUUAACAAUUAACAGUUUCUAUAGAUCACUUUGGAACAAGGCUAGUCAACCCCGGUCUUCCAGAUCUUCUUCUAUCACCAGAUGUAGCUAAAUAGAUGGUAGGGAACAUCUAGAAAUCCACCAGGAUGGUUUUGGACAGUCCUGCUCUCUGUGUUGCGUCUUAAGCUACGUUCAUGCUGCCCUCAAGAAGGGGCGUUCAAGCGACUACUUCCAAUGUUUCAGGAUUCCACGUUCUAAAAUCUUGGAUUGUUUUGUGACAGUUUUCAUGCUCUACUUACAAAACAUGUAUUGAUGUUAAACCGGUUGAACUUUGAACCAAUCAGGGACUCGGAUUUGAUGGUGACGUUUGGAUUGCGUCCCUUUAAGUCACAAAAGUGCCAACCAUUUGAAACUUGACCACGAAGGAGAAAUUAAUAAUUGCAGUUCGUGCCCGACUAGAAUUCUAUGACACCAAGUCUUUCACGUAUAUAAGAGUAACAACGAAAAAGCCUGGACAAGGAUUGCACGAUAUGGGAAACUUACGAUGUGCGAUAUUAGUGAUCAAUAUUAUAAUUAUAUUAAUUGCGAUACAUGAACAAGUAGCAAAACAAAAAGCUUCAUUUCCAUUUUACAGCAACGUUUUUAUUGAAAUAAAAGUUGACGUAAUGUAUCCUCCUAAUGUAGGAUUUUAAAAUAAAAUGACUCAAUUUGAUUGGUCAAUCCCCUGAAGGGUCAAUUGGUCAAACGUGUAAAGGGCUAUAUUUGAUUUGUCAAACACUUCUAGCUACCAUGAGAUUUUUUUUUAGGAUGUGUGUAAACAUUUACAUUUAUCGCAGCAAUCUUUUGCAAUAUGCAUAUUGCACAGGCUGAUAUCACGACGGCGAUAAAUUUGCGAUGUAUCCUGCAGCAAGAUUUACGAGAUUUGCACCACUUUGAACUUUCGCCCCAUGAGUCCUCCAACUGUUUGUGGCGAACUUGUGCAAGCAAACAGUAGAAGAAGAAGAAGAAUCCACUUCCUGUUUCUCCAGUGUCAACUGUAAAUGCUAAAUGCAUGUUCAAGAACCAGCGGUUAGCUUGUUCUUGACUGCAGGUUUCUUCCUGUACCAAGUUGUCUCAAAUUGGCGUUUGGUCAAGACCCCCUUCGCGUCACUUUUUGACGUAUUGACCGUUCCCAACUCAUCAUCUUUUGAGAUGCUGGCUGUUCGUAAAAUCAAUGGUCAGCAACACUUGAGACACAGAUGCAGUGCCAGUUGCGUAUUGGUCCUUGAUACUCUAACCCAGUACCGGUACUGGUUCGGGUCCAGUAACACAUCCAGUACCACAGGUUAGGAUACCAGAUUUGGGUACCAGUGCGCUAUGCAUCGCAGUACUGGACCGGUUCUGGUUUGGGGACCUGUGAUUUAAUGAGAACAGCCAGUACGUCAAAAAACUACAAGUUGGGGACACCUAAAACGUCAAAAAGUGACGCGGAGGGGUCCUUCACCAAACGUCAAUAUGUGAAGACUUGGGAAUGAGAAUGUGUUGCCCGUACAUGAACGUAGCUUUAGAUGUGAUGGCAGGGUUACCGUCUGUCCCAAACGUUCAAACGGAAUUUCUACAGAAAUAAAAACACCCCAGCUGAUGUAGAAUUAUGCUCUUGUGGAUCAGUUGAAGCUGUAAACCUGAAGGGCUUUUCACAAUAAAAGCAUCACCUGCUUCAACACUAUUAAGAAGUGCAAGUUUGAAGAUGAAAAUAUUUGUAACAUUGUGAUGUGUGUUAAGAAAAAAGCAUUAAAGUUUAGGA